UUCAUCCUUCAAAAAGACAAUCAAUCCUGCAUUGGUUGCCUGCGACGACCCUGCGCCUGCUGCAAGUGCCUUGAAGAUGCUCCUGACGCAGGUUUUGCUCUUGUCCCUGUGCCUGGGGCUUUCGCGUGCUUUGGGUUCCUUUGUGCACUGUGAAUCUUGCGACGAGAAAGCCCUCUCCAUGUGCCCCCCCAGCCCUGUGGGCUGCGAGCUGGUGAAGGAGCCCGGCUGUGGAUGCUGCAUGACGUGCGCCCUGGCUGAAGGACAGUCGUGCGGGGUGUACACGGAGCGGUGCGCGCAAAGCUUGCGCUGCCUGCCGCGCCAAGGCGAGGAGAAGCCCUUGCACGCCCUGCUCCACGGCAGAGGCGCCUGCCUCAAUGAGAAGAGCUACAGGGAGCAAGCCAAGAAUGAAAGGGAAUCCCGAGAGCAUGAGGAGCCAACCACAUCAGAGAUGGCGGAGGAGACCUACUCACCCAAAAUAUACAGGAACAAGGGACAUGGGCGCCUCUCUGAUCUAAAGGUUGUGGCCCUGAAGAAAGAUCGCCUGAAGAAGUUGACUUUAUCCAAGUUUGUGGGUGGGGCAGAAAACACAGCACACCCUCGGGUCGCAGCCCCUGAGCAAAGACCAGAGUUUGAGCUGGGCCCUUGCCGGAGACAGAUGGAGGCAUCACUGCAGGAGCUGAAAUCUAGCCAGCGAAUGAUCCCUCGCGCUGUCCACCUUCCCAACUGUGACAGGAAAGGCUUCUACAAGAGGAAACAGUGCAAGCCAUCUCGGGGCCGGAAACGUGGGCUGUGUUGGUGCGUGGACAAGUAUGGACUGAAGCUGCCGGGAAGUGAUUACGUAGCUGGAGACCUCCAGUGUCACAACUUUGAUAGUGGCAACACUGAGUGAAUGACCCCUCUUGCCUCUCCCUGCCAGAGCCCUUCCCCACCCAUCACCUACCCCACACCUCACGGCGCCCCAAGAGACCGAUUCCUUUCAUCUCAUUUAAGAAACUGAGGACCUCGGAAUCUGUAGCGUGUCAUCAGCCUCUCUCAAUGGCAAAGGCAGAGACUAAAGGAGAAAAGGCAACACGUUAAGCCAAAAAAAGAAAAAAAAGAAAAAGGGAAGAUGAUGAUGAUGAUGAUGAUGAAGAAGAAGAAGGAGACGAUGAUGACGACGAUGAUGACAACAAGCCAGCCACCUCCCUUGGGACAUGGCCCUAAAAGAACCUCAAAGGCCACUUUGCUUGCACCCAACUCCACACUGCCACCCAGACAGCACUGACGUAGGAAGCUCUAAGAAGCACUUGAAUUACGUUUUCUUUUCUCUUUUCUUCAAUUUUGUGGGUCUAAAACCUUUCAGAUUUGAAAAGUGUGUAGUUUAACCAGCAGAAUCCUAGGACAAGCAGGCCUCUCACUUAUAGAUACAGAUAUUCUGGCAUGUUGCUUUAAAAAAAAAACACUUCAUUUUUUAGGCCCUCUCCCUUACCCCAGGAUGCAACUUUAUUUGCUCUUGUGCGCACGCACACUCUCUGGUCUUCUUUUUAAUAAAAGGAAAUGGUCAGAGAACAACAGAACCAACAGCAGGAUAAAGCAAAGCCAAUCAUUAAGAAUCCAAAGCUUUCUGUUCCCAUUGACUAGUCCCCAUGGGCAGUAAGUAAGCGGUUUGACCUGGUUAUUUAAGGUGUCAUUGUACAGCCCCUUCCUAUGUAAAUACAGAUGUGUGCACCUGUUUGCUCUUUGUUGAACAUGCCCCUUUGCUUAAGGCAGAGCCCUUUGAUUUUUAUCAUGGGUGAAGGCCUAGAAGCUCCUUUGGAGUGAAUUGUGAACCUCAAAGGUGCUCAAGGUUGUGUGUAUUUGUAGGCCCAAGUUGGAAGUAACACUGUGUCAGGUCGCCUGCAGGCCCUAAAUGCAUACCUUUUUCAUGGCUUAUGUAAACAAACCUGCAGAUUUCCACAUCCCUGAUAGGCUAGGAAAUAUUAUCACCCUCUGCCUUUCUGUUGUAAGGAUGAGGGGUGCGUGGAAACACAACUGAUAUUUCACUCUAAUAACCAAAACGUUGUCCUUCGCACGGACCAUCUCAAGAGGUUAGUUCAUGAUUUAUAAAAUCACACCUACUAGAAAUGUAAACUUGAUCCAUAGCCAGAUAAAUGUUUUACCAACUUCCACUUGUCUAUGGAAUGUCUGGAUGUCUCAGUAGACAGAGGCCUCUGCUCUUUCAAAGUGUACUUGAGGAACCGGCUGUGAGUAGGUUGCCACCUUUUUUUCCUGACAGGGGCUCUGGAUCUUUUAGUGGUUACUUGGCGAGCAGGAAUUCAAUAAGCGUGGUGGGGAAAGCAACGUCUCUUUAAUUUCUGGCUGUUGUGCCACUGCGAAAGGCGCAGAGCCUCUGUCUGGAAAGGGAAAAGUACUAACUCGAGCUGUGAGAACAAACAGAAUGGCACAUAUAAACUGCCUGCAGAAACCUUUGGUUUGACAGCUUUCAUAUUCAGCUUUCAUAUUCAGGCUUGGGCAGACCACUAAAGCCUUUUUAUUGUUAUUAUUGCUGUUGUUGUUAACAUUUUGAACUCCUUGGUAUGCUUCCAUGGACAAUGCCAUGACAAGGGUCUUUCUGUGCCCAUGACGAUGAAUGAGAAUGCACAAAAACAACUGCAACGCCGAUGGAACGUCCAUCGCUAACGUUGGAGGAAUCGCUGAAAUAGUAACCAUUCGGAAGCAUCAGGCCACUUGCAAUUGGCCCGAGGGUGCAAAAGAAGUGGAACUGUUAGCGAUUGUUCCCUCCUAGAGGAGGUCUCCAAAGGACUUGAUGACCUGGGGUGGCUGGCUGCACGCACUUCCAGACCAUGCGCUAAUCAGAAGCAUGGAGACAGAGAGACACACAGAGAGACAAAGACACAGAGAGAGAGAGAGAGAGAGAGAGACGCUUUCCUGUGGCAGGCAAAGAAAGCCUGCGUUGCCUGCGGAGCAGUGGGAAAAAGUGCCAUUGAUAGGAGGACCCGAAGGACACCCACGACACACAACACACACACACACACACACACUACUAGCACAGAUGAAAGGGAAAUAAGGAAUCUUCCUGGCAGAAUGGCCACUGCAUGAAAGUGACUGUGGUGGUGCGUUUUGCUCCAUAUACACACCCCUUUACCAUCCAUCAUGUUCAGCUCCAGAACAAAGCUAAAAAGCCUACCAUAGCUGUCCUUGCUGAGAAUGUGAGAAUUGGCCAGAAGAUCUGAAUCAGGGAAUCAAUAUUUGGCAGUCUCAUUUUAUGGAGCAUUGGGGAGAGGUUUCUCUACCUUUGGAGGUGCAGAGACCUGGAAUUAUUAGGGUGGAAACAAAAAAAAAAAAUCCUCCCAAGGUAAAAGCUUUCAAAGUCUGAUUGUUAGGGGUAGAAUUCCCACCACAAAUUUCAACAAUGCAAACAAAAUCCACUCUGUUUUUUGACCCAUAUCUUGAUCUUUGAUCCAGAUAUUUGUUAAGUUCAAAUUUCCAGAGAUGUGGAAAAUUGCCUCUAGGUAUUCCAUCUGUCCCUUUCCCUCCCCUGGGCUUUGGCAGCAGUAAUGAGACAUUUAUACAUUUACUCCUCAGAGUUGGAGCUAAACCUACAAUGUGCUCCUGUCCAACAAAAAAACGAACUGUGCUUUGACUGGGGCAUUUGCUACUAUAACAGCUGUCCCCCAGCCCUGAUUUAGGCUGUGGAAAGGUGAAAAUGCCCCUUUAUUACCUGCCUUUGGGUUGUGUCCUGAUGGGAUGGUUUAGCUAUGCUUCUUGGCUUAACUGGAUAGGCUUUGGGGUGCUCUGCUGACUUUGGGCUAGGUCCAUAUUUAGUCCUACUUAUGGUAAACCUAUUGAGUCAAAUUCUUCUCGAUUUCGAUGGAUUUACUCUAAGUAUGACUAAAUCAGGAUCCAAAUCAGGAUCCAAUCAGUUGGAACAACCAGAACAACCCUAACCAAUUGGCUUCUUCCCAAUUCCCUGGAAACAAGCAUGGUACAGUCCACUUACACCAAUCAAGGGAGCGCCUAUCGGCCGGGAGGAGAAAUGCCUACCAAUUUAAAGGUUCGAUACAAGGGUUCCACGAAUGGACAUAUGUGCCACAAAUAGGAUGCAAAUUUGUGGUAAUGAUGAAAGGGAGGGCAAGUACCCAAGAUGCCUUCUUUUGCCAGAAAUAGCCACAAACUAAUGUCCAUGCAGGAGACCUAUGUGGGGCAUCUGGGCGAUCCCUGAGAUUUUUUGUCAAUCAAGAGGAAAGAAAUCAUGCAAAGAUUUCUCCUUCUCUGGCAAUAGCUUUCAGCGUGGUUGACUCGUAGAAGCUGAUAAAUCACUUGUCUUAGAUUUGAUGGCAUGGGAAAGGUCCUGUCCACAUCCCUCCUUCCCCAUAAAACAGGGGUGGGCAACACAUGGCCCACGGAGUGCCAAAAUGUCAGUGGCAAAUCGGCAAUUUCAGCACUUUUGUUAUUUGUUUUUGGGGUGCAUCCUGUGGACUGCAGCCUGCGCUGAUGGUCUAAAAUGGCCUCUGGGCCUCUAGAAGUUGCUCACCCCUGCCAUCGAAGAUUAUGGAGACAACCCUAAAGCCACACACAGGUCUCUUAGCCAUACACAGCCAGGAUAAUAGCCAGGAUUCCAAGAAGGGGAGAUCUAAAGUGUCAUCAAAGUCAUUUGAUGUGGGAACCCCCCAAAUGAACAGCCAUAAAGACCCGUUGUUAAUGGCCAAGCCAGUAGGUGACGUAAGGCUUUAAACUGCCCCUGCCAUUUCCAGGAGGUAACUCCUUCAGGGAAUUCCUGCGGUCCUCCAGCAUAGAUGUGUCUGGUUCUAGACCGAGCAACAAAAUGGCCCCACAAGACCUGGUGAUAUCUAUGCUAAAUCAGAGCUCACACAACUGGCUUCUGAGCUAUUUGAAGGUGGUGGUUCAAAUGGGCCCCAUUAUGAAUGAAGGUGAGGCUUCCAAAAGUUGCAUUGGGGUCAUUUUGCUCACUCCCCAGUAGAUGCAGUGCGCUUUCUUCCAUGUGUCAGUAGUACAUGGGACAUUUCCAAGCCAGGAUGGCUAUGGGCUGGAGAGAAGCAGAAGGCUUCCAUUGCUUAGGGUUUUAAAACAACCAACCUAUAUUGUUAAAUGUAUAUUAAACAGGAGGAAGGGAUGUGUGGAGAGGUAAAUAUAUAAUCUACGUAGCAUAUAAGGGGCAGGAGUUGUGCUGGGCACAUGAAAGGAAAGGCACUGGGGCAAAUUUACACUGCAAACUUACACUGGCUCUGUAGCUGUUUGAUAGCCAGGACUUUCCCCCAAAGCAUGACGGGAACUAUAAUUUGCUAAGGAUGCUGAGAAUUCUGUUGGGAGACUCCUAGGUCUCCCUCCUAAACUACCCUGGGGAGAAGGAAGACCCUUAAAGCAGUGUGAGUCUGUAGUGCAAAUACGCCUUUAACUGCAUAAGAUGAAAAAAUGUUACUAAAAUCCCUCUCCCUUCCCAAACAGUGGAGAGAGUCUCUUGGCCCUCCUCCUGAAUUGGUUUCACCCCAAACCAUCUUUCUUUCUUUCUUUCUUUCUUUCUUUCUUUCUUUCUUUCUUUCUUUCUUUCUUUCUUUCUUUCUUCCUUCCUUUCUUCCUUCCUUCCUUCCUUCCUUCCUUCCUUGUUAUGUAUCUUUUUGUUAUUUCCUGGAACUUGAAAACAUUUCGCUCCAUACAAAAUAAGAGUCCUUCUUAGGCAGUACACCAGCAGAGAGGAACAUGUGACCACCCAGAUGUUCCUGGACUGCAAUUCCCAUGAUCCCUCACUAUUAGCUAUUAGGGCUGAUGGGAGUUGCAACCCAAUAACAUCUGAAGGGGACACAGAGAUAGCCUCUUGACCUUCCAUCUCUCUCUCUCUCUCUCUCUCUCUCUCUCUCUCUCUCCCACACACACACACACAGUAUGUGUGUGUGUGUACAAUCAGGAGAGGUGACUCAGAGUGGGUAAUAUUGACACCUAUGUGUAGACUUCAGCCACUAGAAGGCCAAUCCCUCUAGAUUAACUACAGCAGCACUCAAAAGUUAGCUGAAAGGCAGGGAAGCCACUGCCCUAACCCAUGCAAAGUUACUACUGUUCUAGCAGCAUCCCUUUCUGAGAUUGGACUUAGGAAGGGUAGAAGAUCUUUCCAAGCCUGGGUGUCAGUUGCUUCCUAUAGAAGGCUCCACCAAGGCCAUGUCCCAUCAGCAAAAAAGGCUAACUUUGCUGUGCUUGAACCAAAAGUGGGAUGGCAGCUCAGUAUGUCUUUAAGAGGACUCCAGCUAACCACCGGCAUGACCUUGGCUGAGUUUGAUCACUGUCUAGGAGCACUGAAAAAGUGCAGUACAAUCAGGCUAGUGAAAAUCCUGGGGAGCACUGAAGGCUGCAAAAGAUGCAAAACAGCUAGAAACUAAGAACUUGUGGGAAACCUUUUUCUUUUCCCCAACCUGUAACUUUUGAAUCACUAAUGUAAGAAAGUAUGGGAGAACAAAAUCUGUUUGAAAUGAGGCUAGUUUAAACAAAAACCACAGCAAAGGCAGUUCUGAACCUUCUUACUCAAGGGCCAUCCAUCCAUAAGUCUUUGCUCUUUACACCACCUACCAACCCUUCAUCUCCAAGUCCAUUUGCCUAUUAUGAGUCACUGGAUUCAGUGCUCAUUUCUGGCAACUCAUCCUCCAAGGUCUCCUUGACCAUAAGCCACUGGUGAGGGUCACACAUCCCAGCAUCUAAAUAAUGAUGGUGACGACAUUGCAGAAAUAGCAAUUGUGCUGUUAUAACCCGUCACCAUCUCAGCUUGAAACAUGGCAUCCUUGCCAUAAAAUGAACAGCUUUCCCUCCCUCUGGCUCGCCAAUAUGGACAGGAUCCAACACUGAUGCAACUCUUUCCAUCAGCAGAACUGUGUGGAGGGCAAUUCUUGCUGCAGCCCCCUGCCCCACAUAGAUAUCCUCAAAAGCCGUUGUUCCCAAGGACUGGGAAACCUUUGAAAGGCUUUUCUUUUCUUUUUUGUGCUGCAUGGAGAAUUGCAGUGGGCAGGGGACGAAAUGCCCACCACAUUUAAGCCUAUAUGACUAAAAAUGAUCUUCUCUUCACAUGCAUGUGCUCCCCAAAAGAAAACAGGCUACAUUAACUAGUGAGGCAGAUGAAUAUCACUGAGGUCAGGCCCUACCAUUAGGCAGAAUGAGGCAGCUGGUCUUGGGUGUCAGGAAAGGACAGCAAAUUGUUAGGAUUUUUUUUCUUAAUUAAUUGUUGUAUUUUUACUGCCAGGGAGAGGCAUUUUGGGGGAUUUUCUGCCUCAGGUGCCAAAAUAACUUGACCUGCCUUGGGUACUAAGCACCUUAAUAGGGAGGGAGGGGAAAUGACACACCACUUUGCUUCUCUGCCUCAACAGCAAACCGUCGCAGGCCGGCCUGCUCAGGAUACAAUCUCCAUAGCUGACAAAGGAGAAAAGGCCUCUUUCGAUUUUCUUCAAAGACAGAAACCGUCCUGUCCGAGUAAUGCAUGAGGAUGAGGCGAGGCGGAAACAAUAAACAACAAAGCAGUGGGGACGCUGUCCCUUCAGGGGCAGUUGCACAGCGAAAGUGCAGAAGAGGUUUCGGGGGCAGUUUUCACAAGGGAAAUUGUUCAAGGAAGCAUUGGGUAAGCUCUAGUCUCCAAAGCAGUGUUCAGUCUCCACAUUUGCAGGUGGGAAUCAAGAGCGUAUCCAGAUGCAGUGGUCCCCACUGCAGCUGAUGUAGCCCUAGAUAAACAAUAACACCCAGAGGAGCGAAGGCCUGCUUUCAAGCUGAGAUAUUCCUUGCCAGUGCUGCUGUGGACAGUUCUAUUUUGAAACCACUAGUACAAAAGCAUAUUGCACUAUUUCUCCUCUCUCUUUCUCUCUCUCUUUCCUCCCUAACAGAGCAUCUAUAACGUGAGCAGUUGACAGGUCACUGGAGGACCAGGCCACCUUCCUGGCAUGAGUAUCUGGCCUAAUGCUCAAGGGGGCGGGGCUUGCAUCCCUCCACUUCCGACUCCGCCCUCUCCAAGCCCCUCCCACAGCACCACGGGGAACAGCUCUGCGACAGUGCAGUUCUCCCCCAUGACAGCACAGUUCACAACACACAUGAUUCCGAGUUUCCUGCCUGGUUAUAAUCAUUACGCAAAAUUACUCGACACAUUUUACAGUAGCUUUGAAUAGCUUUACAUACAUACAGUAAGUAGCUCAAUGGAUUUUUUUGUUUUGUUUUUCUUUUGCAGUAAACAACAAUAUUCAUACUCUUACCGGUGGGGGAGGGGGGUUUAAAAAGCAGUUUGUGAAAAACUGACAAUGGAGGAGGAGUGUAAUGCUCUGUUUAGCAUUUUGUACUUAAAAAAAAAAGAAUCUCACAUUUUAUUAAAAAAGUGAAGAUUGCUGUAUACUAUUUAUUCAACUUAUAAUUUAUGUUACUCUUUGAUCUUUGUCUUUUCUAAUGACAAAGCAUUUAUUUAAUAAAGUUAUGCAUUCAGUUA